ACGAGGGGGGGCGGAGCUGAGCGGCAGAGCCCCAAGUCGCCUACUUCAGGCGCGCGGCUGGAGACGCGCGAGCCCAGGCCGUCUGCGAAGUUCUGCGACUCCAGUCAGACACCAUGGCGGACAGCCGGGAUCCAGCCAGCGACCAGAUGAAGCGCUGGAAGGAGCAGCGGGCCGCGCAGAAACCUGAUGUCUUGACCACCGGGGGCGGCAAUCCAGUAGGAGACAAACUCAAUGUUAUGACAGCAGGGCCCCGCGGGCCCCUCCUGGUUCAGGAUGUGGUUUUCACUGAUGAAAUGGCUCACUUCGACCGGGAGAGAAUUCCUGAGAGAGUUGUGCACGCUAAAGGAGCAGGGGCUUUUGGCUACUUUGAGGUCACACAUGACAUUACUAGAUACUCGAAGGCGAAGGUGUUUGAGCACAUUGGAAAGAGGACGCCCAUUGCCGUUCGCUUCUCCACUGUUGCUGGAGAAUCAGGCUCACCUGACACCGUUCGUGACCCUCGUGGGUUUGCAGUGAAAUUUUACACGGAGGAUGGUAACUGGGAUCUUACUGGAAAUAACACCCCCAUUUUCUUCAUCAGGGAUGCCAUGUUGUUUCCAUCCUUUAUCCACAGCCAAAAGAGAAACCCUCAAACGCAUCUAAAGGAUCCAGAUAUGGUCUGGGACUUCUGGAGCCUGCGCCCUGAGUCUCUGCAUCAGGUUUCCUUCCUGUUCAGUGACCGAGGGAUUCCAGACGGUCACAGACACAUGAACGGAUACGGAUCGCAUACUUUCAAGCUGGUUAAUGCGAAUGGAGAGGCAGUUUAUUGCAAAUUUCAUUACAAGACUGACCAGGGCAUCAAAAACCUUCCUGUUGAAGAAGCAGCAAGACUUGCCCAGGAAGAUCCCGACUACGGCAUCCGGGAUCUUUUUAAUGCCAUUGCCACAGGCAACUAUCCCUCCUGGACCUUUUACAUCCAGGUCAUGACAUUUAAUGAAGCAGAAAACUUUCCAUUUAAUCCAUUUGAUCUUACCAAGGUUUGGCCUCACGGGGACUAUCCUCUUAUCCCAGUUGGUAAACUGGUCUUAAACCGGAAUCCAGUUAAUUACUUUGCUGAAGUUGAACAGUUGGCCUUCGACCCAAGCAACAUGCCACCCGGCAUUGAGCCUAGCCCUGACAAAAUGCUUCAGGGCCGCCUGUUUGCCUAUCCUGACACUCACCGCCACCGCCUGGGAGCCAACUAUCUUCAGAUACCUGUGAACUGUCCCUACCGUGCUCGAGUGGCCAACUACCAGCGUGACGGCCCCAUGUGCAUGCUGGACAAUCAGGGUGGGGCUCCAAAUUACUACCCCAACAGCUUUAGUGCCCCGGAACAGCAGCGCUCUGCCCUGGAACACAGCACCCGCUAUUCUGGGGACGUGCAGCGCUACAACAGUUCCAAUGAGGAUAAUGUCACUCAGGUGCGGGAUUUCUAUUUGAAAGUACUGAACGAGGAGCAGAGGAAACGCCUGUGUGAGAACAUUGCUGGCCACCUGAAAGACGCGCAGCUCUUCAUCCAGAAGAAAGCGGUCAAGAACUUCAGCGAUGUCCACCCAGAGUAUGGGGCCCGCAUCCAGGCUCUUCUGGACAAAUACAACGAUGAGAAGCCGAAGAACGCGAUUCACACCUUUACGCAGGCUGGUUCUCACUUGUCUGCAAAAGAGAAGGCUAACCUGUGAGGGUCAGGCGCCCUGAUCCUACACCACUUUGCCGUCUGCCUAUGAGGCCAAGCAUGGUAUUCACACACAUACCCGCUCAUCGCUGGAUGGGAGAUUCUCCUGUGCUCGCCGUGCAAAAUCAAGCUUAUGUCUGUCUAAUGAUAAUCCAGAUUUCUAUAGCAAAUAAUGUAAUAAUGGCUUUUAAUGCUGUUUUCCUAGGGAUAAAUGAAGGUUAAGGCUUAAUAAUUAUUUAAAGGAAACAUGUAUUUGCCUUUGACAGUUGAUUAUUCACUUAAAAUGACUAAGAAUGAAAGUUUCUAGCAGAAAUAUGGUUUUAUUUGAUAAGAAGAAAAUCUUGAUGAAAUUAAUGUUUACAUAUCAUCUCCUGGCCUAUUGUAUUAAAAUAUGGCUAUAAUGAUAUAAGAAGAGAAGAUAAAAAUCCAAUCAGGAAUUUUAGCUUUUCUAAGUUCCUUAUAGGAAAAACACAUUGAAUGCAUUGGUGUUUUUUGAAAAUAAUUUCAGUAUCAUGGCCUAAGGUUUAUUCCUGCUUGGAACUGAUGAGAUAUUUUAAAACUUGGAAUUGCACUUAUGCUAAUGCAGCAUUGAUUUUGCAACAAACUGAUUUGUACUUGCUUAUAUUUUUACAAUAAAGUGAUCUAUACAUAAAAUAGAA